CUCGUAACGACGACGAUUCUGUGCAACGAUGGCGACAACAGCAGUGGCACCGCCAUCGCAAGUGGCGACGAACAGCAGCCAGGCGAACCAAGGCGUUGCAUCUCAGGCCUUGGGCAUCCAGAGCUUCUACCAGAACAAGAUUCAGGCUUAUGAGCUCCUCAUCAAUGAACGUACGCAGAACCUGCGACGUCUCGAGGCUCAGAGGAAUACCCUGAACGCGCGGGUCAGACUGCUGAGGGAAGAGCUGCAGCUUCUGCAGGAGCCUGGCAGCUACGUCGGAGAAGUUGUCAAGGUGAUGGGAAAGAAGAAGGUCCUCGUCAAGGUUCAACCAGAGGGGAAAUAUGUUGUCGACUUUGCGCAGGACAUUGAUGUGACGUCGCUCACGCCCUCGCUUAGGGUCGCUCUACGAUCUGACUCAUACACCCUGCACAAGAUCCUCCCAAACAAGAUCGACCCCCUCGUCUCGCUCAUGAUGGUUGAAAAGGUGCCAGACUCGACCUACGAAAUGGUCGGAGGUCUCGAUCGCCAGAUCAAAGAGAUCAAGGAAGUUAUUGAGCUUCCCGUGAAGCAUCCGGAGUUGUUUGAGAGUCUAGGCAUUGCACAGCCGAAGGGUGUCCUUCUCUACGGUCCGCCCGGCACUGGAAAGACUCUUCUGGCGAGAGCCGUGGCGCAUCAUACCGACUGCCGCUUCAUCAGAGUCAGUGGCUCCGAGCUCGUACAAAAGUACAUCGGCGAGGGAAGUCGAAUGGUUCGUGAGCUUUUCGUGAUGGCCCGAGAGCACGCUCCGUCGAUCAUCUUCAUGGACGAGAUUGACAGCAUUGGCUCGUCUCGUGGCGAGAGUGGCAGUGGCGGCGGCGACUCCGAAGUGCAGAGGACGAUGCUCGAGCUCCUGAACCAGCUCGACGGCUUCGAGGGUACCAAGAACAUCAAAGUCAUCAUGGCAACAAACCGAAUCGACAUCUUGGACAGUGCGCUUCUGCGACCGGGACGCAUCGAUCGGAAAAUCGAGUUCCCACCUCCAGGACCGGAGGCCCGCGUCUCGAUUCUUCGCAUUCACUCGCGGAAGAUGUCGCUGCAGCGAGGCAUCAACCUUAGGGCACUGGCAGAGAAGAUGGGACAAUGCUCGGGCGCAGAGGUUCGCGGCAUCUGCACAGAGGCCGGCAUGUAUGCGCUCAGAGAGAGGAGGCAGCACGUCAGUCAGGAAGACUUUGAGCUGGCCGUCAGCAAGGUCCUCCGUCGCCAGCAAGAUGGCUCCACAUCAGUCAACAAGCUCUUCACCUGAUCCUCAUGUCGCCUUUCCCCUUUUUCUUCUUGCGUGUAAAUCAUAUAGCAUUCACUCGAUCGGCGAGAGGACUGUCUCGCAGUUGCCAUGCGGGCUGGUAG